AUGCAGGCGGCUCUCGAAAAGAUCGGGCAGUCAGGCAGACUCCAAGGAAAGACCUAUCGCCACGGCGGCAAGCAUGGAAAGCAAACUCGCAAGAGCAAGAGCCAGCCCGCCGUUCUGGAUGCUGACUCGAUGCCAUCACCUAUACACGAGGGCCGGAUGUUCAACACCAAUGUCAUCUCCAUGGCAGACAACGGGACCCAGUACAAGAACUAUAUCCACGUCACCGAGGAAGACUUGCGACGCUACGGCCAUGACCUGCAAAAGCUUCGUUCGCGCCAGGUUGUGCCAUGGUCAGAGAGGGAGAGGCGCAUCCGACAGCUCUCUUUUGGUGAGGCUUUCGAAGACAACUGCCGUCAGCCAACAGAAGUAUUGGACCCAUGGAGAAAUAUCCCAGAUCCUGAGUCGUUUCGACCUCCCAAUGAGGGAGACCUUUUCGUCAAUCAGGUUGUGCCACAAUCACCUCGGAAGAUCGAACGGGAAGAGCCUGAAGAGAAUGAGGCAGAUGAAGUGCAAGAACUUCUGGAGAUGACCCAACGGCGAUCCUCUAGCAAGCAGAGUAUUUCUAAAGACGGCUACCGACGCAUGUCCAGCAAUAUCAGCGCAGGCAGCGCCUCCACCGUGGCAUCUACAAAUGUCAGCCGCGAUGUCAGCCGUGCCUCUUCAAAAGACUCAGCUGCCAGAACAAACCUUCAGCGCCAGUCAUCUGUGCCACUCCCACCUGUUUCCCGAAGCAGAUCCUUGAUGAUUGCCGGUGCCACACUUGCUGGGUAG